UUCCAGUCGCAGGUCGCAUUUAGAUCGAGAGAUCGAAGAGAGAGAGGGAGAGAGAGAGUAGCGAAGAUAGAGCCGGAUCGUAAGAGGAAGAAAACUUCGAUCUCAUCUGCAGAUCGAGCGGAGCACAACAAAAAGAAGGGGAAAAUGUCGUCGAAUCAGGUGAGGGCUUCGCACAUCUUGAUCAAGCACCAAGAUUCCAGAAGGAAGGCUUCUUGGAGAGAUCCUGAAGGUCGAGUCAUAAAGGCCACCACCAAAGAAAGUGCCGUCACUCAGAUUAAGGCCAUUCGAGACGACAUCAUUUCUGGCAAAUCUAAGUUCUCCGACGUCGCUUCUCAAAUCUCCGAUUGCAGCUCUGCCAAGCGCGGCGGCGAUCUCGGGCCAUUUGGUCGGGGUCAGAUGCAAAAGCCUUUUGAAGAAGCAACAUAUGCUCUUAAAGUUGGGGAGAUUAGCGACAUCGUGGAAACUGAUAGUGGGGUUCACAUCAUAAUGAGGACUGGUUGAUCAUCGCAGAAGAAGCUCUUGGUUAGACUGAAACAAGGAGUCUUCUGAAAUAUGGUUGUUGCUCUUCCAAUAUGGGCAACAAUAUGACCAUCUUAUUACAGGGCAUGAGGCCAUUGAUGUGUGUGGAGUGUUAGAACUUAUUAUACCCAAUUCUGAACUGUUUUGACCCAUUCCUUGGGAACAUCUAAAAUUUUUACCAGGUUGUGGAUUGAUGAGAUUUGUAUUAACUGAAUAAAAGCAUGGUUUGAUAUACAUCUCUCAAUUUGUUUCACCUACAGGAUUCCAUGUAUGGUGUGGCAGAAACUAAGAGAGUGAUUGGAUGCUGCAGCAUAGAUAUGAGCAUUAUUGUUCUUCUAUGUUGCACUGGAACCCCUUCUGUAGUUUUUCACAUCUAUAAUGAUCAUGAUUUUUCUAUUACUA